UUACUACACACACACCUCAUCAUCCUCAUCAACCGGACCCGAAAGAAAGACAGCUAAAUCUAAAGGAGAAAGGAGAAAGAAACUAUCAGCCAAGAUGUCGAUUAUGGAGUUGAAUGGGGGUUCGGUGGUGGCCAUGGUCGGCAAGGGCUGUGUGGCGAUUGCGUGUGAUUUGAGGCUAGGAAACCAGGCCUUGACGGUUGCAUGUAACUUCGAAAAGGUUUUUCAAGUUACCGAUAAGAUGUUCAUCGGCCUUCCUGGUUUGGCUACCGACACAUUCACCUUGAAGAAUGUGUUUAGACAUCGGGUGAACAUGUACAAGAUGAAAGAGGAGAGAGUGAUCGAGCCCCAAACGAUGGCCCAUUUGAUUUCUUCCACGCUAUACCAAAAGAGGUUUGGACCUUACUUCGUUGAGCCGGUGGUUGCGGGAUUGGAUUCGAAGAACGAGCCGUUCAUUGCCGCGACGGAUCUGAUUGGAUGUAUCAAUUUUGCAAAAGACUUUGUAGUCUCAGGGACGGCCUCUUCGAAGCUAUUCGGGAUGGCAGAGGCCUUAUGGGAGCCCGAUUUGGCGCCCGAAGAUCUCUUCGAAACCAUCAGUCAGACCCUCUUGAACGCCGUCGAUAGGGACGCUUAUUCCGGUUGGGGUGCGGUGGUCUGGAUCAUCGAGGCUGAUCAGGUCACGAAAAGAGUGCUCAAAAGUCGGAUGGAUUGAUUGGUUUACUUUCAGUCAAAUUCAUUUUUCCCCCUGUUAAUUGUGUUUUUUUUGUCAUUGCUAGCUUCUGAAUGGGAUAUACAUAACAACAAAAAAUCAUCCUACAAAUGUGAAGAAAUUUAAGAAUCCGAAAGGGAUAUAUGCAGUUAUCGUAUUUCUUGACAAUAAUUCAUACCUGACAAUAGGAACAAGGAUUGGUCU